AUGGCCGUCUUCCAGCAAGCCCUCGCGCCCUUCUCCCUCAAGGGCUUCUACCUCCUCACAUGGGGCACAGCCCUCGGCGCAAACGUCUACAAGAGCCUCGCCGCCUACAAGACCUACAGAGUCCUCCCGAGGCAGACAUUUGGCACUCUCCAGUCCCAGCUCACCUCUACCUACUUCUCCUUCUCCUCUCUCACCACCUCUGCCCUCCUCUUCACCCACCUCUACUUCCACCCCUCCCUCAUCUCGUCCCCGAGGGUCCCGCCCCACUGGCUCACGUCCGAGGAAGGUCGCCAGGGUCUCUUCAUCAUCGCCGGUCUCGUGCCCCAGCUCUUGAACUGGCUCGUCGUCGGCCCCUUGGCCAGCAGCUCCGUCUUUGAGAGGGCCAGGCUCGAGAGGGUCGAUGGCAAGGACUAUGACGCCGAGAACCCUUCCGACAAGAUGGCCGCCAACAACACCAAGUUUGCCACCUACCACACUAUCAGCACCGCUCUCGACACCGUUUCCCUUUUGGCUCUCGGUGCCCUUGGCUUGGCUGUCAGUCUCUAA